AUGGAGCAUGUUAACAACGCCGGCCAUGACCCACCGUUUGAGGACGAUCCCCUGGACCAAGUACCUAUGGACGACGCUCCGGUGGAUGUGGAAUUGUAUGACAUGGCGGACGUGGCUGACUUUUCGUGGCAUGUGGUGUUGAGGGUGCAUGCAAGUCGGUCUGUUAGCCGAGUCCAUGUCAUGCCCCAGUGUUUAGGUGCUAUGAGUUUUGCUAUGAAGACCAAGCGCUGGCGGUGCCGCCGGAUUCUGGAGCCUUGGAACCAGGACUUGAAUCGCAUUCCACGCUCGACAAAGCCGCUGGGCGUCGUCAUCGCGGAAGAAGAAAUCUCCAUCGAGGCUUGCGUGUAUUGGUACAACUAUUGUCGCGAGCUCUGUUCCAGUGAAAUUCUGCGGUCGCCUAUGGUGAAAUGGUUCGGCGUUGUCACUGGUGCGGACCGAACCAAGCCGACUCUGUCCCAUUUGAUCAAGAAGCACAUUGCACCUGGGACCCAUAUCAUAUCGGACAAGUUUGGAUCAUACAUUUCUUCAAAUGAACGUCACACGCUCGUGAACAACACCUUGUUGGCUAACCAAGACUACUACCAUGAUUGGGUCAAUCAUUCAGAGAACUUUGUGAACCCACAAAAUGGAGCGCACACGCAAUCCAUCGAAGGCGUUUGGGAGAUUCGUAUCGAACGGUUCGCGAAGGCCAUGCGGGGAAUGCACCGACCGCAUCUCCCUUUGUACUUGGACGAGUAUUUGUGGCGAAGUUGGUACUUCCCACUUGGGUCUGACGGCAAAAUGUAUUUCAAAGGCUUACUGUAG